UCGUGAAUUGAGCACGUAGCUUUGUCAUCAUAUAUAAGGCUCAAAAUGGGUUGCACGAACUCACGCAGAAUUGGAAAUACACUGAUUCUUCAUCCGCAGUUCAAAUCCAUUGAGAACAUUGUGAUUCCUUUAACAGAUGAACAAAUAAAAAUCCUACGAGAAACAUGGGAAAUAAUCGAGCCGACCAAGAAAGAAAUUGGAGUGAAUGUCUACAUACGAUUCCUGAAGAUGAAUCCUGAUAUAAAAUCGCGCUUCACUGAAUUCAAGGAAAUCUCAAUUGACGAAAUAAAUAAAAGCAAUGGUCACCCUAGAAGAUUGAUGGCUGCCAUCGAAAACUCAAUCGGUUCGCUCGAUGACCCCGAGACUUUCGCUGGUUACGUGUUGGAGUUAGGAAGGAGGCAUAUCAGGCUACGCUCCAAACCGACGAAGUCUCAUUUCAUAGAUUUAAGGAAAGCGUUCAUUGGUAGCAUUAAAGAACCUCUCACCACCAAUUGGAGACCAGAGGUAGAGGAGAGCUGGGUACUACUGUUCGACUUUAUGACUGCCGUUAUGAUGAAAGGACUCAGUUCCACGUCCUAAAACGCAUGUGUAAAAAAAGCUGCAAAUUUGCAGCCAACAAUCACGGACUCCUAUUUAUCGGCCAUCGAGCGAGUAGCAGGGGCUACAAACACAAUUAUCAGACGCAUUUUUAUCUAUUCGUUUAGAGACAAACUUCUGAAAAACCAAGAUCACUGUAAA